UGCUGGGAGGCCGCACUUCCUCUCAGGGGCCUCUAGAAACCACAGGACCAAGCUGCGCCCCCGCAGCCGGCAGGAUGGCAGAGGGCAAGGCGGGCGGAGCAGCUGGCCUUUUCGCCAAGCAGAUGCAGAAGAAGUUCAGCAGGGCCCAGGAGAAGGUUCUGCAGAAAUUGGGGAAAACCGUAGAAACCAAAGAUGAGCGAUUUGAACAAAGUGCCAGCAACUUCUACCAACAGCAGGCAGAGGGCCACAGGCUGUACAAAGAUCUGAAGAACUUCCUUAGCGCAGUCAAAGUGAUGCAUGAGAGCUCAAAGAGAGUAUCAGAGACCCUGCAGGAGAUCUACAACAGCAACUGGGAUGGGCAUGAGGACCUGAAGGCCAUCGUGGGGAACAACGAUCUCCUCUGGGAAGACUAUGAAGAGAAACUGGCUGACCAGGCUUUGAGGACCAUGGAGAACUAUGUGUCACAGUUCAGCGAGGUUAAGGAGAGAAUUGCCAAGCGGGGCCGGAAACUGGUCGACUACGAUAGUGCCCGACACCACCUGGAGGCUGUGCAGAAUGCUAAGAAGAAGGACGAGGCCAAGAUGGCCAAGGCAGAAGAAGACUUCAGCAAGGCCCAGGUUGUGUUUGAAGACCUGAACCAGGAACUCCUGGAGGAGCUGCCUGUUCUUUUUAACAGUCGUAUUGGCUGCUACGUGACCGUCUUCCAAAACAUUUCCAACCUGAGAGACGUCUUCUACAGGGAGAUGAGCAAGCUGAACCACAGUCUCUAUGAAGUGAUGAGCAAACUGGAGAAGCAGCAUUCCAACAAAGUCUUUGUGGUGAAGGGCCUGUCAAGCAGCAGCAGGCGCUCCUUAGUCAUCUCUCCCCCGGUGCAAACCUGUACUGCCUCCAGCCCCGUCAGCCCCGUGACCUCACCUACCAGCCCCAAUGCUCUUUCUGUAACCAGUGAGAGUGAGUCUGUGUCGGCCACUGCAGAGGAGCUGACCUCCGAGGCAGUGGGAGAGGACAGCUGUGAGAGCGAAGAGUCCUUGAAAGAUGAGGAAGCGGAUGAAGAGUCUGAAACAAGCUCUUCAGAGGAGGAGGAGGAGGACGACGAAGAUGAGGACGAGGAAGAGUCUCUACCAGCCUGCAACGGCCCCACCCCGACCCCGGCCCCGGCCUCCCCUGCAGCUGAGGUGAAGUCCCAGGAGGAAGCUGCUCCGCGCUCCCCGACUUCAUCCCUGGGCAGGGGUCAGACCGGGAAGGAGCAUCCUCCCCCCGGGGAAGUGGUCCUCCGUGCCCGCGCCUCGAGCGAGGGGGCAGAACAGAGCAAAAGAACAGCGUCCGUCCAGCGGGCGUCCGCUCCGCCCAGUAGGCCUCCACCACCCAAGGCCGCGGGCGGCCCCGCAGGCUCAGCAGAGGCCUCCAAGGCACGCCACCCCAGGGCCUCUUCAGAUGCCUCUUCGGAUCCAGAACCGCCAGAGACCGGAGAAAAGGAGGGCACUGGCAGCUCGGGCCCCAAAGAGCCACAUGCCUCCCCCACCAAGAGCGCCACCCAGCCACCCAGCUGGCAAGCAGCUGCUGGGGCGUUUAAUCCUAAACAGCUCACAGCCACACCUCCUACCCUCUCCACGCUCCACCGCCUCCUGGGAAGGUCGCACGCGGAAGGUCCAGGUGGCCCCGGGAGGUGCUGGGCUAAGUCGCCCGGCAGCCGCGGACUCCGCUCCCGCGGGACGCGCCCCUCGCUCGCCCCACUCCAGGCACUGCGUACCCUAGCACGGGGGCGGAGCGGCUUCGGACAGUGGCUUUUCCUCCCGAGGGAACCUGCCGAGGGCGGCCCCGCGCUCCUUCCUGUCCCUCCCACCGCGGCCCGGGCUCGGCGGACGCUCGGCGCGGGGUCCCGGGCGCGGCCUGGGCGACUCUCGGCCGCUCCCACCCCGGCGAGUUCAAAAGGACGCGCGGCGCCUGUCCCUGCCCGCCCGUCGGACUGGAAAGGUGAGCGCGCCGCCGGGGAGCCGAGAGCCCGCACUCGGCCGCUGCGCGCCUGCGACCGGACCUGGGAGGGUAGCGCGUGGCUGCGGGGAUCCUCGUCGGCCAAGGCGCGGGGCCGGGGCGCGCUGGGUCCUCGGGGAGCGGGGUGGACUCAGUGGACCGCUCGGCGGGGCUCCGGGCCCUGGAAGCCCAGAUCUGACCCUCCGAGAUAG